AUGAGUAGCACAACAGAUCUAACUCCUACCCUCAUCGGUAUUUAUGACUCUCUCCUGGAACCGACGAAGAGUCUCCGUCCCGGGACAACUUGCCCAGAAACAGCUAAAGAUGCACGAAACGACCCACCGCUCAGAGAAAAUAUUAUGACAGAGAAAAAGGACAAAAUGGUAGCCAGCCCACAGAAAGAUCCAGCCAAACUAGCUGGCAGCGUUAAACUACCUAUAGCGACGGUCAACAAGAGUUCGCUGUACACAUUACGAACUAAUAAUAAUGGAGCUGAGAAAAACGAUGAUAAAGAAGUACAAACAGUCAAAGAAACGAAACAGGAGACAUCAAUACUCUCCCCGAACGUCAAACGAAUGAUCUCCAGUGCCUCUGAAACAUCCACACUCAAGUUCCAAAAGAAAACCAUUUCAGUAGGAAGAUCAUCUACAAGACGAUGUAACAUACCAUUAGUAGGCGCGACUUCCAAAAUAUCGCAGUCUGGUGUCGAUAUAUUACCUUCAAUGGAAAUAUAUGAACAGCCAAUCGGUCUGAAACCAGUCCAUCAUGAAUCACCAGCGAAGACGAUACAAAUUAAACCCGAAUUCAAGAUCGAUGAAGAACAAACGACUUACGACGUCCCAACAAAUAAUAGACCAGCCAUCUAUGACGUGCCCAACCCAAAGACAGCCUUCGAAUCGCUAUCACUGCCUUACAUCGACCAAUCAAUAGAGCUAUCAAUAUCCUCGAACGAUAGAGAAUUCGACACGAAACUAUCAUCGAAGGACAACUCUCCAAUGAAACCAGAACCGAAAACAUCAACUCCUGAAUCAUCACCAGCGAAAAUACCCAAAACUUUAAGCGGGACAAACAGUUUACAUAGAAAAGAUUUCGUACCAAAAACCAGUUCACCGAAGCUCACGAAAACUGGUUAUCCUGAAACUAUAGUAUCGACUGGCAAUCUUAAAAUGAUCCAUGAGAAGGAUUCAAUUAGGUUGAAUCCUCCCAUAGAAGUAACGAGACCUCUAUCAAUGAGCUCAAUAGCGUCUUCUAGUUCAACCUCAAGCAGUGGCGUUCAGAACAAAGGUGGAGUGAACUCAGCCUAUCUAGCGUCCAUAGAGAGUCUCGAUGAUCAUAGCGAUGCUGACACAUCAAGAAAUGGAAGCAGCAAUUUCAUGAACAACGCUGGCGUACUAAAAAACGCUGCCUCAGAAGAAACUCGCACGGAACUACCUAGGCAGAAUACAUUCGAGGAAAUGUCGGGUCUAUCACAACUGGAACGAGUCUGUGCCGAGAUCGUCACGACUGAGAAUGUCUACGUAGAAGAUCUGAGGCAAGUCGUUGAGGGUUACUUACACGUGUGGCGAAGAGACUCCACCUUCUCAGAGGAACAGCUAUCAGAACUCUUCAACAAUAUAGAAGAUAUAUACGCCUUUAACAAAUCAUUAUGCAGCGAAUUAAACUCUUGUAAGCUAGACGCUACAUGUAUAGCGCGGUGUUUCGUAAAUAAUACAAGCGGUUUUUCCGUAUAUACGUCAUAUUGUACCGGAUAUCCGGUCACUAUGGAGAGGCUCGCUGAACUAGCGAGGACAGAGAGUGCAAGAGAAUUCAGGGAGAGACAGAUUGUUUUACAGCAUCCCUUACCACUCGCGUCAUACUUACUGAAACCUGUACAGAGGAUAUUGAAGUACCACUUAUUGUUACAGAACGUGGUGAAGCAAUGCUCUUCUAAAGAGACGGAAUACGCUUUAUUAAAGAUGACUGGAAUUGCGCAACAUAUUGAUGACAUGAAGAGACGACAUGAACACGCGGUUAGAGUACAGGAAAUCCAGUCGUUACUGUACGGGUGGAACGGACCUGACCUAACGACAUACGGAGAGUUGUGUGCUGAAGGGACUUUUAGAGUUUUCGGCGCGAAGGCUAUGAGACACGCCUUCCUCUUCGACAAGAUGCUUCUGGUGACGAAGAACAGGGAAGACGGGAUACUGGCUUACAAGUCACAUAUUAUGUGUAACAACAUGAUGUUAGUGGAAUCUAUAGCGGGUGCUCCGCUUUCGUUCCACGUCAUACCGUGGGACGCGCCGCGGUCUCAGCUGACCUUACAAGCAAGAUCGGCGAGACACAAACGAGAAUGGACUUUAUUAUUGAAGAGAGUCAUUUUGGAGAACUACAACGCUGUGAUACCGUCGCACGCGAGACAGUUAGUGAUGGAACUGGGACAGAAUAAAACUGACGAUGACAUACUAGCUGAGAAAUCACACAAUCUCAUCACUCAAGCUUCAAUGAGGAAACAAUUAUCCGCACCCGAAUAUUUAGAGAAACGAAAAAUAGAAAGAGAACGAAGAAAAUCAUUUGAGAAUGGAGUUAGAGGAAGAUUUAAGAAGAAUAGGAAAUAUAAUACAAUAAGACAUACAAGAGAUUGUGAUUGUAUUCAAUACUCUAUUGAUAAAGGAAUUGAUUAUACAUGCGACAACUGUUAUAUAGAUUUAUGUUCUGAUUGUGAAGCUGAUUUAAAUAAAUGUAGCUGUAAAGAUGAAGUACGUGAUAAAUGUAUUGAAUGCGAAAGAAUUAAUAUAGAAAGAGGUAGUUCUGAUAGGAUAGAAAGAAAAGUAUGCAAAUGUAUAGACUUUAAAUCAUCACAGGAGAGCUUCACUAAAGAAUUCGGUUCAUCUUUGAAUAAAACAAGAGGUUAUCACUCAUCUGAUAAUAUUAUUAAUUACACUGAUAAUAAAGAAGAAAUUAUUGAAGCUAAUAGUACGAUAGCCGCUAAAGCUAUAACAAAAACAUGCUUGAAAUGCUCUAAGAUAAAAGAAAAUAUACCAGUGACUGAUACGUUUGUAUUGAACAGACGGAAGUCAAGAUGCAAUGAAAUAGAUAAAUAUAGACCGGAUACACUUAGGUCUAAGUCAAAAGACGAUCCACAAAGAUCUAAACUAUCGAAAAUAGGCACUUGGAGACGGAAAUCAGAACCAGGGUUGCAAAAUACUAUCAUUAUAACGAAGAAAACGCAAGACAGUGAUACAGAAAGAAUUGAUUGUAAGGGAGGAGAGAAAAUUGAGUUCGAAUGUAGGAACUGUGGAGCUAAUAAGAUAUCAAGGAAAAUACGUAAUGAAGGCAUCAUAUCUGACCCGGAACUAGAUAAUAGAAAACGACCUCCGAGUACAAUCAAACAUAACAUAGAAAUAAAAAUGUAUAACACUAAACAUAUACCAAAGAAGAUCUCCAAGAUUAAGAAAAACAGAGCGAAAGGAUUACGAAUUGGUUCUGAUACAACCACUAGAUUCUAUACAGACUUCUCAACAGAUGUCUCUACAGAGAAUAUAUUACAUAUAACAGAAUCAAACGAGAGUCUACACGCUGAGAAACCAAUUUUACCGGAAACUAUAAGUAAAGACGAAGAUAUUGAUGAAGAGACGUACAAAAAACUUAUAGAAAAAACAGAUUCUUUCAAAAAGAACGAAUUAGAAAAGGUUAAAUACUUGAAUAAACAGAAUAUCAUCAAUGAAGCGGUCGAAGAUGUUAUAUCUGGUGAAACCCAAAUACAAGAAACUUGCGAAGACACAGAACAACCAUUGGAACAAAUUAUAUCACAAUUACUGAUGCAAAAUAGAGAGUUUCAAAAACUAUUAAAGAAACAACAAUUACGUAAUACAGCUCAAAGAAGACAUCAAAGAUUGUUGAAAUCACAUUCAAAUCCCGACGCGGUUAUAACGAAAAACGAAUUAUCGAAAUUCAAACCGAAAUAUAUAAGACAAAUGUCUGAUAACAUAGAAUUGAAUAUAGAAGAAAAUAAUGACUCAAACAAUCAUAGUGAAGAGGAUUUAUCUGAUGGAGAUCAUAUAUAUGAAACAUUACGAGUAGAUAAUAUACACGAAGAUUUACACGGUGACAAGGAAGAUAUGAAAGAUAUUCAACACACACAUACGAAAACAAAACGACUAUUAACUAGCGAUGCUAAUGUUAGUGGACCCGAAUCAGAUUAUAUAUAUCUAUCAUUCGAUCAAAUCAAAAACGAUAGUUUAACCGACGGAAUAUACGACGUACCAGUUAAAACACCAGAAAAAGUUACUGAUACCAAAACAAAUGAUUAUUACGUUAGUAUGGAGAAUAAAGGACCGGCUACGAACGAUAAUAUUUACGACAAUCUGAUAGACGUGCGACGAAGAAAGAAAGAUUUACAGAAUACACAGAGCGAUUACUUACCUAUGAGUCCCGAACAGAGUCCGAAUACUCCCGAAGUAUGGUUGAGUCGACAAAAAGAACAUUUCAAUGUAUCCAGAGAUCGUAAAUCCGGGUCCUUACCGCGAAGCUUCCAAGUGAUAACCCCUGGACAGGAAGAUCCUAAUCUAAGCACGUUCAAAUGCAAACCUAACAGCAACAAAACGUAUUUGAACAGAGACGGAAAAGUUAUGAGCGUUGAUAGACCAUUCACUAUCGCGUCCGAUCAAAGUGAAAUAAGUUACGAUGAUGUUGAGGCUUACAUGAGCGAAGGAGACAUAUUAAAGUUUAAUAACAAACAGAAAAGUAAAGAAGAAGAUUAUAAUCAAGAUAUUAGCAGAUCAACAUUGGAAUUAGAAGAGGAAAUUGAUAGAUGCUAUAAGAACAAUUUCGAGAAAGUCGACUUAGACGCCAGCAAAUGUGAAAACCAGUUGAAUUCAUCGCAACCUAAUCUAAACGUAUCCAUGACGUCAUCAUGCGAAGCUCUCACCAUAGAACAGAACGAUGACAAAAAUAAACAUGACGUAGUACAUCCAGAACAUAAAAUAUACAAACCUACUACGAACGUUCUAUCCCUCAAAAACGUUCUAAGUCGUUUCAAAACUAGGACUCCGCCUAAAAGCGUAGAUGACUGCGAAGUCAAUACAAACGACUCUGAAAAAACUGAACUAAAAAGUCCUACCAGUGAGAAACGAUCGGCUUUGAAUCCUAGGAGUUAUUCCAAAAAUUUACUCCAAAGAUUCAGAAGCAUAAUUAGCGAUGAACAUCCCGAUGAUACUCAAAACAAAAGCAAAAACGAUGAUACACAUACAAAUAAGAGUGACAUCAAAGUCAUAAUAACUUCAACAGACAAUAGUCCAACGAUAUCUAAUAUUGUUUACACGUUAAACAGUGACGCGCUCAGUAAAAGUGUGUGUGAUCACACAACUAUGAGUGAAAGUCAGAAAGAGAUUAACAAAUUGGAGAUAAUGUCGCAAAGCUGUGAAGAUAUACAGAGACAGGCAUUCAGACCUAAUUACGAAAAGAGUAUAAGUAUGGUCACUAAUAUGACCAGUUCAGUAAUCACGCAAUCACCGUCAAAGUCAAACAAUAGUUCUUACCAAAGUUUGAACAAAUUACCAGUUUAUAUGCAAGGCAGCAAACACUUGGGCGCGAGGAUAGCGCAAUCAGAUUACGUCGAUCCAACUACAUUAAUCAACGAAAAGAAUAACUUAAAUAAGGUCAAUGUCCUCAUUAACAAGAACGCUUUAAGACCGGACAGUUUGUUCUCAAAUUCGUCCUUCGUGACGUCAUCUAGCGAAAGUACAUAUCAAGAGAGCCAUACUAAAGUCACCAGCCAAAUAAGCGAAAGGUCAUUGACCUCAAAAGUAAAUUCAGAUGAGAGUUUCUAUGAGAAAUCCUUCGAGAAAAUUGAAAAUAUCACCGACGAAGACAUGUUCAGAGAUUCCGCUGUGUACUCUGAUCAAGAGGAAAUAGAGGAUCAUGAUGAGACGAAAAAAACAGUUGUAAAUAAACAUAUAGGCAACGCACAGAGAGUUACAGUUACUACUAGUAAUACAGAGAAAUGUAACGUACAGACGAGAAUAAUAAAUAAGACAGAAACACAGAAGAAUAUACACCAUAGAAUAGAAAAGUCUUUAAGCAGAGAGAAGAUUAAUAAACCUAAACUAGCACCACCUGUACCGGUUAAACCAAAAAUAACAAACACCCAAACUGUUAACAGUAAAAACACAAUUAAAUACAAAGAAGCAUCGUCUUCAUCCGAAUCAAUAAACCGAACUCUCAAAAGAAAUACAAGCUAUAGGACCUCAAACGCGAAAUCUGAAUUCAUGAACCCGACAAAGGAAAAAACCAACGAAAAAACAAAAGUCGAUCCAGUUAACGUAAAAACUGAACCACAAGAAACCAUACAAAUUAAAAGAUUAGGCUUCGAAAGAGCGAGCUUGGAUUCAGCGACACGAAAACUAAAAGUUAACGAAAGAAGAACAGAACAAACAACGUCAAAAUCAGUUCUGGAAAGAAGAUUGGAAUUGGAGAAAAUAACUAAAAGUCAAUCCAACGAUAACCAACCGGCUAAACUACAAGUUAAACCAGCUGUUAAACCUAAAUCAAUUACAUCAAAAGUUGCGUCAUUCGAGAGAAGUGUCAGCGAAAUUGCCAGAGAAAAUAAAACAUCUAGAAACUUCACGAAUAAAGUCGACAACGAAGAACAAGAUCCCAAAGAAAGUUGGGUCAAACAAGUUGUUAAUAAAUUCCAAUAA